AGAACUCCCGCGCAGGCGCCGACGGCGGUGGUCUUCGCGACUCUCCUCUCCCUCGUCGUCCAAGCCUCUGCCUCCAAGUACGUGGUGAUCGAGGAGGACGACCAGAACUACCUGCCGCCCCUCUCUGUCGCUCAGGGGGACGACCCGGAGGAGGGCGACUCUCUCAAGGUCGACCUCGAGUCCCAGGAGGAGAUCGACAAGACGUGUGAAUGUUACAACGAGUACCAGAUCAGCUGUUUCGAGAAGAUGAAGAUGUACGGAGCCUUCAUCAUCUACGGAUGUGCACCUCUGGCCACAUGACGGGUCGGAGGAGGAAGCGAGCCAGGAGCGACGUCGAGGAGGACAACUUCCCCGCCACGCCCCCGCCCUUCUACCGGGACAACAGCUGCAGGAGCACCUCGCCCAUCAUCUUCUCUUCGUCGGGCAUGAAGGAGCGCGUCACCAUCGGCAAGGCCCCGUACCUCCUCAUCUGCAGGAACAGCAUCGGGCCGCAGCUCAAGUUCCUGACGGUGACGGGGGUGGAGAAGGUCGUGGUCUCGGCGGGGGCGCUGAGGACGCGGACCACCAACGUCGUGGUGACCUUCUCGGACAUCGGGCAGAAUCUGACCAUUCCCGAGGGCGCCUUCUCGGUGCAGACGGACCCGGCGGGCGGCGGCGGCGGCGGCGACGACGGCCUGGAGAGCGACUCGGGAGGCUUUCCCCCGGUGGAGGUGGAGCUGAAGGUGCAGGGCGUCCCCGGGCUGGAGCUGAAGAGCAGGAGCAUCGUGGCCCCGAGGGUGACCCUGGACGUGCGGCAGGCCCAGGCGCUGGUCAUGGGCCCCGACGCCGUCGUCCCCUUCGCCAACCCGGACGCCUCUGGACUCACGAUCGUCGACACGGCCAAGGCGGUGAUAGAGAGUCGGGCCAUGACCUUGGGCAUCCUGCUGAUCACAUACACGAAUAAGCUGUUCCUGAAGGACUCCGCCUUGAAGGUGGGCCCCGAAUACGGCGGGGAGGCGUCCCUGGAGCACAUCGACUACGCCUCCUUCGGGUCGGAGGCCCUCAGCCUCGGGCCCGACGUCAUUCUCACCAUCAACGACGUGACAAUCUCGGAGGCCGGAAGGAGGGCGAUCCACAACUUCAACUCGAGAGUCGAACCCCUCACGAAGGUCACGCUCACCGAGGUGCAGGGCGCGGGCCUCGAGAGGGGAGCCGUGUGCCUGGUGGGGAGUACGGCCAUCACCUUCCGGGUGUUCCUCGAGGACGGGCAAGGCCGGCCAGCGGGCUGCAUUGAAGGCAGGACCCUGCACGAAGGCCUAACUGAAGGCAGUACUAAUCACGCAGUCAUUUGCUCGGCUCCUUCCACCUCCGGCACCCUGUGCGGCCAUGACGAGUGCAGAUUCUGCAACCCUGACCUGCCAGAAACAUCAACCGAAACAACCAGCAUAACGCUCCCAAUAAGGACAACGUUAGCAACUACUACAGAAGGGAGCGACAGCCCCUCUUCAACCUCACUGUCCACACCUACGACCGCGGCUGAGGAAAUCCUAGCGACCGAUGCCUCAAUACUCCCGGCAUAUUACGAACACGACUACACCUACGACACGUGGGAGAACGAGACCGUGGUUUCCCCGCCUGAAAGUACGACUCCUUUCGACUUCUUGGGGAUCCCUCUCUACCUGCUGAUCAUCGCCGUCUGCACAGCCACCAUUCUCCUUCUCCUGGUUGCUUACUGCCUCUGGUCUUACUACCGGAGCAAGAGAGAAGACAAGUACCGUCUGCCGCGCGAGGGCCGAGAGACGACCUUCCACAACAAGGCCCCCGCCGCCCGCGCCAUAGCCACCUCCGAGCCCAUCUUCACCCUGGGGAAGCCGCCGCACCCCGCUGGAACCCCGCCCAAGGACAUGUACAUCUCCUUCCAGUUCUUCAAGCCACCGCCGGGAAGCUCCUCGGAGGAACCCCACGUCGUCCAGAAUGGCAACGGAGGUCCUCCCCACGAGCAAGGGAGUCCAGCGGUUCCUCCUCCAGCAGAAGAGGUCCCGGAUGUCAAGGAGGAGGAGGGAUUUGACGGUCAUGAAAGGGGUCAUGCAGACGGCGAGGAAGGGGUCGAGUCUGCUCAGCCCUCUGGACCAUGCACAGACGACGAGCCAAGACAGGAGAAUGGGGAUUCCUUGCUGGCUGACCAGCUUCCACAUGAGAGAGACAAUGAACCCGAGUUGGAGGAGGCGAGUGAGCAGACAGAUCUUCCGACAAGACAAGAGGAGGAAGAGGAUGCAGGUAGUCUGUCUUCCAGUGAGAUUGAGAGCUCGUCCAAAUUCUAAGGGAAAAGAUGCAUGAUGUGGUUAUAUAUAUUGCUUAUAAGUGAAUUAGAUAGAAACUGGAAUAUGUUCAUGGAUUUUGCAAUGCAGUGCAAAACAAUGAUCAGUUAUUAUUAAGAAUUAUGUGAAAAUAUAAGGAAAAAUCCUGAUAAU